GUCCCUUCCGGCAGAUCAGUUGUGGUUCUUCACUAACCCCGUGCACACAUAUUACACACUAAAACUGUACUCUUGUUCACGUCGUGUUAUUUGUUGUUCAAGUGCGUACUGCAGUUCGUUUCUCAGCAUCAAACUUCAAAAAUGGCAUCAGUUUUAAAUUGCAUGAACUACGCAAGUGGUGUUUAUUUUUCUGCCGACGAAAGACAGUUGACGAGAUACGUCGAUUAUGAUGCGGCGGGUGACACUUUUCGCGCUGUCUACGAGGCGGCAUUUUCCGGCGGUGGUUCGCCAGUCAGUUCUCCGUCCACCGUAACAACUGCCUCUUCUUGUGGAGAUCCUAAGUCCCCAUACGGAUCUAGUGGCAAUGGAUUGUCCGGUAGCGAUGGACUUUUGUUCGACGAACAAGACGGCAUGUCUAUGAUCGGCGUAGAUGAUUCUGCUGCUUUAGAAGGCGACAAGGACGUAACGGACCGCGUGAUGAAGAAACGACGUUUGGCUGCCAAUGCUAGGGAACGUCGACGUAUGCAGAACCUGAAUAAAGCUUUUGAUAGGCUACGUACAGUCUUACCGACACUUGGAAACGACAGACAGCUCUCCAAGUACGAAACACUGCAAAUGGCUCAGACUUACAUUACGGCCUUAUACGACUUGCUCCAGUGAAGGUUUUCUAUUAUGUAUUUAUUAUAAUUUGUACAAUAUUAGAUUUAGAAUUCUUCACUUCUCUUGUCGAGACAUUAUUUUCUAUCAAUUUUAUUUUUACAGUGACUUUUAAAAAUCAGCUCUGUUAUUGUAAUUUAUUUUAUAAAACUUUUUUGUUAAACACUUUUUAGUUUCAAUUAAUUUUAUCGUAUAAAACUUUUUAAGCAUUACAGUAAAAUUAUUAACUACACUAUAAUAUUUUUUUAGAGCUAACAAUACUUUUCUAUUAUUAUUUAUAAAUUUGAUAAAACAUUGUACAUAUGUGUCUGAAAAUUGAUUAAUUGGAACGUUCAAUUAUAAAAAAAAAUUAUUUAUUUCGCAUGCUCUUCUAUCAAUUUUUCCGUCCUGUAAUAAUAAGUCACAUUUUAUGUAUUUACGUUUUGCCCAUGCCUGUGAUAAUUGUAUAGAUAUUUUAUUGUAAUUAUAUUAUAGUUGUAUGUAUGUUAAGUUGAUUGUAUAUCAUUCGUUACAUGUACAAAUUAUAUUUUUGUUGAUUUAACACAACGUGCUCAAUAAAGU